GCCACUCACAACUGCCAACCUUGCUAAUUUAAUCGACAUUCGUUCUUGAUUCUUUCGACGGCAUUCGGGAACGGAAGCAGUUAUUUUAUGUCGUUCUUCAGAAAUCAAGAAAUAGUUAGAAUUUCUAUUUAAAAAUGAGUGCACCACAACCGGCCUACAAGACGGGCAUAGUCAAACAGGUCUUUUCGGGGGACACUGUCGUAAUAAGAAAACAGCCUCAAGGGGGCCCACCGCCGGAGAAAGUUAUCGCCUUGUCGGGCGUCACGGCGCCGAAAUUAGCGCGGCAAAGAACAGCCAACAAUGAUACUGAAACCAAGGAUGAACCAUUUGCUUGGGAAGCCCGGGAAUUUCUAAGGAAAAUGCUUGUGGGAAAGGAGGUGGUUUUUACUGCAGAAAAACCUCCUAAUUCGGCCACCAGAGAAUAUGGUUCACUGUGGGCAGGGAAAGAUCCUGUUAAAGAUGUAAAUAUCACUGAGCUAUUAUUGGCCGAGGGUCUAGUAAAAGUGAGAGAAGGAGGUCGCAAUAUUCCACAGUUGAAAAAACUAGUGGAGAUUGAAGAAAUUGCUAAAUCUCAAGGCAAAGGUAUAUGGGGAACAGAUCUUCAGAGCCAUGUGCGGGACAUAAAAUGGACUGUGGAAAACCCAAAAGCCUUUGUGAAUAAAUUUAAUGGGCAACCUGUAAAGGCUAUAAUUGAUUAUGUUAGAGAUGGUUCAACAGUUAGAAUAUGCCUAUUAAAUGAGUAUACACCAAUCACAUUGAUGCUCUCGGGAAUCAGAUGUCCUGCUGUGAAACAAGAUGGGGAGUCCGAACCCUACGCUGAGGAAGCAAGAUUCUUCCUGGAAUCCAAAUUGCUCCAGAAGGAUGUGGAAGUAAUUCUUGAGUCUGUGAACAACAACAACUUCGUAGGGACAAUACUCCAUCCACAAGGAAAUAUUGCUGAAGCCUUGGUUAGACAAGGAUUCGCACGCUGUGUGGAUUGGUCCCUUGCCGUUAUGAAAUCUGGCGCAUCAGCAUUGAGGGCAGCAGAGCGUGCUGCAAAGGAUGCAAAACUGCGGAUCUGGACAAAUUAUAUAAGCAAUGCACCAGUCAUUGCUGCUAAAGACAAAGAGUUCACAGCCACUGUCAUAGAGGUGGUAAAUGGGGAUGCUCUUAUUGUAAAGACGCCAAACAACGUGCAAAAGAAAAUCUUUCUCGCUAGUAUUAGGCCACCGCGAGAAAAGAGCAGCCCAGAUGAAGAAGGCAAGCAGUCUCCCAGGCCAAAAGGCUUCAAACCACUGUACGACAUACCCUGGAUGUAUGAGGCUCGUGAAUUCACUAGGAAGAAAGUGAUUGGAAAGAAAGUUUCUGUAAUAGUCGACUAUAUACAACCUGCUAAAGAUAACUUUCCAGAAAAGACAUGCUGCACUGUUAUUGCUGGUGGAGUAAACUUAGCAGAAGCCCUUGUCAGCAAGGGCUAUGCAACUGUCGUGCGGUAUAGAAAUGACAAUGAUCAGAGAAGUGCACACUAUGACAAACUUUUGGAAGCCGAACUAAAAGCGCAAAAAGCAGCAAUUGGAGUUCACGCCAAGAAAGAUAUACCCACUCACCGUAUUCAGGAUACAAGCGGUGAUUCAGCAAAGGCAAAAAAGUUCUUCCCGUUCUUGAAACGUGCUCAAAAAACAGAGGCAGUUGUGGAAUUCAUUGCCAGCGGCUCACGUAUGCGAUUGUAUAUCCCCAAAGAGUCGGUGCUUGUCACAUUUUUACUAGCUGGGAUCAACUGCCCGAGGGGAUCACGCCCCGCAUUAGGUGGUGGAGGCAUGCAGGACGCUGAACCAUUUGGCGAAGAGGCUUUGCAGUUCACGAAGGAAAAAUGUCUGCAAAGAGACGUUAUUGUGUCUAUUGAAGAAAUGGACAAAGCUGGCAAUUUUAUUGGCUGGCUGUGGGUAGAUAAUGAAAAUGUAUCUAUUUCCCUGAUCGAACACGGACUGGCUUCAAUGCAUCACACUGCCGAAACUACAGAAUUUGCUCGAGCAAUCAAAACUGCUGAAGAGAAUGCGAUCAAAAAACGUAUUGGCAUAUGGAGAGACUAUGUGGAAGUAAACCGUGAAAUAGAAAAAGAAAACAAUGCUGGUGUGCAGGAUCGCAUCAUUAAAUAUUCUAAAGUAAUUAUUACUGAAAUAACGUCUGAUGGCACUUUCUAUGCUCAGAACAUUGAGUUGGGCAACAAGUUAGAAGCCUUAAUGGAUAAAAUCCAUCAAGAAUUCAUGAACAAUGCUCCUCUGCCGGGGUCCUAUGUGCCAAAAAAAGGUCAAAUUUGUGCUGCUCGCUUCAGUGCAGAUGAACAAUGGUACAGAGCAAAAGUGGAAAAAAUAAUGGAGGACAAAAUGGUCCAAGUAUUUUACAUAGACUAUGGAAAUAGAGAGAUCGUGAGCACAACUCGGUUGGCCCUGCUUCCGUCCGGCACAGAGUCCGAGCCGCCGUACGCCACAGAGUACUCUCUGGUGUGCAUCAAGUUCCCGCUGGACCCCGAUGACCGACAGGAGGCAGUGCGAGCUUUCUCCAUCGACACGCUCAACAAGAAACUGCUGCUCAACGUGGAGGUGCGCGGGUCACCAGCCGCCGUCACACUCAUGGAUUCCACCACUAACACUGACAUUGGCAAGAACCUGGUGAAGGAAGGCCUGGUGUUGAUGGAGAGCACCCGCGACCACCGGCUGAUCGUGAUCGCGGCGGAGUACCGCGCUGCGCAGGAGCACGCCAAGAGCUCGCGCCUCAACCUGUGGAGGCACGGCGACAUCACGGACGACGACGCCACCGAGUUCGGUGCGCGUCGCUAGCGCCAACUCCCCUGGUACGAUGCCACUGCUUCGCCGUCGCACAAGCUCCACUGUGCGACGUGCACCGCGCCCCACGUCGAAAUCAUUAUAUACACUGUGUUGUACGACUUCUUGUGAACAGCGAGCAGGCAUAUGUACCUUGUAACCUAUGUAACCUAUGACUGAAGAUUCAAACGUUUUUAAUAUAUGUGUGUUACAGCUUGGCGGAGAAGUGUAGAAACGGAACUAACUUUUUUCUCUGUUGCAACACUAUACCACUUGUCAAAAGUAAUUAUUCUGUCGGCUUUGAUGGUUAUGUUAUGGUGACAUUUACGUUUUACGUAUUCGUGUUGCCAUAUUGGCGAUAGUGGCGCCUCUGUUAAUUUUUACUCUUUUUUGUCAGGCUACUUUACGAUUACUUAUUUAGUUUACAUUUCGGAUUGCCUUCCAAAAAAAAAAAACAAAUCCAUUUCUGUCUUUACAAAACAUGAUAUAUAAUAUGCAUUUCUAUUACAUAUUACUAAUAUUUAAAUAGAUAAUAUAUAUUAUAUAAGAAUAUAAGAAUAAAUUUGUCCUACAAUACAGUCUGUAUUAUUCUCUGGCUGUGUUGUAGACUCUAGUAUGAAACAAUGAUUGUAUCUGUUCAUAGGUGGCUAUGUUUUUUAAACAACAAUAUAAACGUAGGAGCCAUCUAAUAAUUGUAAUUAAUGUUAGUGAAUACCUAUGUAGGUGGUAAUAAUGGAUUAUAUGAGGUGAAUUAAUUACUCAGGACUAGUGUUCUUUUUGGAUGUACUAUCCGAUAGCACAUCCAAAAAAAACCCCUUGAACCCUUGUUAAAAUUUCCAAGUGACAGCGACCGCUUUACUAUCUAAUGGAACCCCCCCUUAAAGAUUAAAUUUUACUGUUGAAGAAAAUAAGGUGUUUACUUGAAUAAAAGGUAGCACAUAAAAUACCAAAAUAAAUGUCUAUGUAAUAUUAAUGUUAUGGGUGUGCUUGUUUCUUGUCGCAAAUGAAUUCAAUGUUAGGAGUAAUUUUGGACAAUUUUAACCUUAAUUCUGACUUGGUAUCAGUUGUCAAGCCAACAAGAUUUACCAUUACGUAAAUCUUGUCACCCCACGUUGAAAAACCUUGUGCUAUCGUAUAGGUAUUAUUAUAUUGGUGUCUGAUUGCAUAAUAUACACUAGAUAUGCCACAAAUUGUAUCACAAUCGAUCAAGUGCCAACUGUUUGGCCAGUUGUUCGUACCUCUAUUACAAUAACCACUUUAGAUGUGUCUACAUAUUUUUAUAUUUCGCUAAGGUAAACAAAAUUAUUAUUAUAAUAUAAAAAUAGUGAAAUAUACAUAGACUUAUAUAAUAGAGAUGACAAUUCGAUUUGUCUAUAUUUUAUUUGUAAAAUGGUAUACAUGUACCGAAAGAUAUAAAAUAGGCAAAAUGUUUCAUGACUAUUUAUUUACAUAAUAAUAUAAGCGAUUACACAGAAUGACGUCAUAUUUAACAUUUAUUCACUUAAAUAUGUGGUGAAAGAUUAACUUGCUUUGAAUGUCUACAUGUUGUUAUAGAUCUCUCUUGCACAUUGUUGAACAUUUUGUAUUUCUGUUAUUGAAAUGCAUUAUAUAUAAAAUGCAUAAUAUAAUAAUGAAAUAUUUGGUAAGCGUGUUUUAACUGAUUUUAUAAUAAUUUCGAGUGUUCUUCUUACUCCGCAAAAUGUAUUUGUGUUAUUCAUUCACAUGAAAAAUGUAUUAAGAGUAAGAAAUAAUGAAAUGAGAGUAAGAGGGACUUUUUUACGUUUUAUUUUUAUUUUUACAGUUGUACUUCAUGUUUUUAUUUCGUACUUACGAAUGAUUGUUUUUAUACGCCUUACCUUUCCUUCAGGAGUUUUAAGUUUUUACAAUUAAUGUUUGUUUGUCAUAAGAGUACCACAGGGUGCAAGAAUUGUUAAAAUAACUCAUAUGAAAUAAAAUAUUUAGGAUUCUU